UCUAGCUUAUAUUGAAUUAUACCGAGGAUGCCCGAUUCGCAACAAAUCGACUUUUUGCCAAUUUUAAGGUGUAAAUGAGGAAAUUUUAGAGUUUUAUUAUGGCUGAAGGACCUGGACGCACACAGUUUUCUUUGAGACCAGAUGAUGGGUUGAACAAAUAUUUUUCUGAUGAUUAUUGCAAGUCAUUCUUCAAGGUGAUUCAGCAGCUGAGAAAUGAUGAGGCAUUCUGUGAUGUCAGUCUGCAGGUAGAGAACCACACAUUCCCUUGCCAUAAGGUUGUGUUGAUGGCAGGCAGUCCAUACUUCCAUGCAAUGUUUAUCAACAAUAUGGUAGAACAUGACAAGCAAGAUGUAGUCAUAGGAGGAGUGUCUAAAGAUAUUUUCUCAGUUAUACUGGAAUUCUUAUAUUCAGGAGAAAUAGAAGUGACAGAAGAGAAUUGUGAGGAUUUACUCAUAGCUGCUGAUAUGUUUUCAGUAUCAGAGAUAGUCACCAUCUGCUGUACAUUUCUUACAGACAAACUACAACCUGAAAACUGCAUAGGUAUCUACCUAUUUGCUGCCACUAUAUCUUGUAAUGUUCUCAAGAGAGACGCAGAGAAGUACAUAUACAAACACUUCCUGAAGGUUGCGAAAGAAGAAGAAUUUCUCAAUCUUGAAAAAGAUUCUCUUAUACAGUUUUUACUGAGUGAAUGUCUACAUGUAGAAAAUGAGUACCAAGUAUUUAAAGCUGCAAUGGACUGGAUACUACAGAAUCCAUUAGAGAGAAAGAAGCAUAUUUUCGAUGUUCUGGCACCUAUCAGAUUUCCUAUAAUAUCUGAGGCACAGAUGGACAAGUAUCUAUCUACACUCAGUGAAACUGAGUUAAGUAUUAAAAUAGCGUUACAGAAAAUAUUAAAUGACUUUAAAUCUGAGCGGAAAACUUUUGGUUUAAUAGAUAGCAAGUUAAAAUCUGUGAAACAUCAUCUUAUGGUGCCAAGGAAAUGUUCAAGAAAAAAUAUUUAUUUGUGUGGAGGAUUUAGUCGCUUGAAAGGAGAUCGAUGGAGUGAUGCUAAGACACUUAAUACUGUAGAAAGGUUCGACACAUUUUACAAAACUUGGCAUGAAUGUCCGAGUUUUCAGUUUCACCGGAGUGCUCUAGGUGCUGGUGUUGUGGAUGGGCAAGUGUGUGUUGUUGGUGGAGAAAAUGACAUGUUGAUUUUAGAUUCUGUAGAAACAUAUGAUCCUGUCACAUACGAAUGGAAGACACUUCCUGGCAUGACUUCACCAAGAUGUGGUCUUGGUGUUUGCAGUAUAGACAACUGUCUGUAUGCAGUGGGUGGAUGGGUGGGGUCCGAGAUAGGAGGUACUGUAGAGAAGUAUGAUCCAGAGCUUCAGAAAUGGACAAUCAUUUCUCACUGUAGAUCUCUCAAAUGUUGGAUGGGCAUUACUGCAGAUAAUGGGUUGAUGUAUCUAGUUGGCGGGUGCAAUGAUUUAAGUGAGGAACUUACAAGUGUUGAAAGUUUUAAUCCUGUCACCAAGGAGUGGACAAAUCUUCCUGAUUUAAACACUAAGCGCUCCUACACAGGAGUUACAGUUCUUGAUGAUUGUCUAUAUGCUGUAGGGGGUUGGAAUGAACCAGAUGGUGCUCUCAAGUCUGUAGAAAAACUGGACUUUAAAAAGGGUUACUGGGUAGAAGUUGCACCAUUAUCAACAGCGAGAGCUGCAGCAAGUGUUGUUGUUGUUAACAAUAUGAUAUAUGUAAUGGGUGGUCGAAAUGCAACACACGAGUUCACUGCUCCCUCCACUCUAGACACUGUGGAAGGGUAUGAUCCCAGCACUGACACAUGGAAUGAUUUAGGGACAAUGUUAUCUAGUCGCUGUGAAGGUGCAGCUGUCAUUAUAUAAAAAUACGAGAGUACUCAAACUGUAUCAACAAUAUGUGAUUAUUCAUGGCCUUAUUGUAUGCUAGUUUUUAGCUCACCUGUCACAAAGUGACAAGGUGAGCUUUUGUGAUCGCGCGGUGUCCGUCGUCCGUCCGUGCGUCCGUAAACUUUUGCUUGUGACCACUCUAGAGGUCACAUUUUUCAUGAGAUCUUUAUGAAUGUUGGUCAGAAUGUUCAUCUUGAUGAUAUCUAGGUCAAGUUCGAAACUGGGUCACAUGCCUUCAAAAACUAAGUCAGUAGGUCUAAAAAUAGAAAAACCUUGUGACCUCUCUAGAGGCCAUAUAUUUCACAAGAAAUAACACGUUCACCUUGAUGAUAUCUAGGUCAAGUUCGAAACUUGGUCACGUGCCGUCAAAAACUAGGUCAGUAGGUCUAAAAAUAGAAAAACCUUGUGACCUCUCUAGAGGCCAUAUAUUUCACAAGAUCUUCAUGAAAAUUGGUCAGGACGUUCACCUUGAUGAUAUCUAGGUCAAGUUCGAAACUGGGUCAUGUGACAUCAAAAACUAGGUCAGUAGGUCAAAUAAUAGAAAAACCUUGUGACCUCUCUAAAGGCCACAUUUUUCAUGGGAUAUGUAUGAAAGUUGGUCUGAAUGUUCAUCUUGAUGAUAUCUAGGUCAAAUUCGAAACUGGGUCACAUGCGGUCAAAAACUAGGUCAGUAGGUCUAAAAAUAGAAAAAUUUUGUGACCUCUCUAGAGGCCAUAUAUUUCAUGAGAUCUUCAUGAAAAUUGGUCAGAAUGUUCACCUUGAUGAUAUCUAGGUCAAGUUCGAAAGUGGGUCACGUGCCUUCAAAAACUAGGUCAGUAGGUCAAAUAAUAGAAAAACCUUGUGACCUCUCUAGAGGCCAUAUUUUUCAUGGGAUCUGUAUGAAAGUUGGUCUGAAUGUUCAUCUUGAUGAUAUUUAAGUGGGUCAAGUGCCUUCAAAAACUAGGUCAGUAGGUCAAAUAAUAGAAAAAUCUUGUGACGUCUCUAAAGGCCAUAUUUUUCAUGGGAUCUGUAUGAAAGGUGGUCUAAAUUUUCAUCUUGAUGAUAUCUAGGUCGAGUUCGAAACAGGGUCAUGUACGGUCAAAAACUAGGUCAGUAGGUCUAAAAAUAGAAAAACCUUGUGACCUCUCUAGAGGCCAUACUUGUGAAUGGAUCUCCAUAAAAAUUGGUCAGAAUGUUCACCUUGAUGAUUUCUAGAUCAAGUUUGAAACUGGGUCACGUGCCUUAAAAAACUAGGUCAGUAGGUCAAAUAAUAGAAAAACCUUGUGACCUCUGUAGAGGCCAUACUUUUCAUGGGAUCUGUAUGAAAGUUGGUCUGAAUGUUCAUCUUGAUGAUAUCUAGGUCAAGUUUGAAACUGGGUCAACUGCGUUCAAAAACUAGGUCAGUAGGUCUAAAAUUAUUAAAAUCUUUUGACCUCUCUAGAGGCCAUAUUUUUCAAUGGAUCUUCAUGAAAAUUGAUCUGAAUGUUCACCUUGAUGAUAUCUAGGUCAGUUUCGAAACUGGGUCACGUGCGGUCAAAAACUAGGCCAGUAGAUAUAAAAAUAGAAAAACCUUGUGACCUCUCUGGAGGCCAUAUUUUUCAUGAGAUCUUCAUGAAAAUUAGUGAGAAUGUUCACCUUGAUGAUAUCUAGGUAAAAUUCAAAACAUAUGUCAUGUACCUUCGAAAACUAGGUCAAUAGGUCAAAUAAUAGAAAAACCUUGUGACCUCUCUAGAGACCAUAUUUUUCAAUGGAUCUUCUUGAAAAUUGGUCAGAAUUUAUAUAUUGAUAAUAUCUAGGUCAAGUUCAAAACUGGGUCACAUGAGCUCAAAAACUAGGUCACUAUGUCAAAUAAUAGAAAAAACGACGUCAUACUCAAAACUGGGUCAUGUGGGAAGAGGUGAGCGAUUCAGGACCAUCAUGGUCCUCUUGUUGUUAAAUGUUGGAUAUGUUAUUGUCAGCAGAAUUGUUUGAUGCUUUAAGUUUAACAGAAUCACCUUUUAGCUAUCACAUAGUGGCCCAGUUGUUCAAAACUUUAACCAGCUGUUAAACUAACAAGUGGUUAAAAUUUGAUUCAAGAUGGAAAACAUUAGUUUAAUGUUUAAAUUUUACUGUAAAGACUUUUAAGUGUUCAUAUUUCUAACUUGAACAUUUGCUUUACAAUGUCUUCUAAAAUGUUGAAAUAUUAAAAAUUGGCUUAAUCACUGUUAGCUGAAUCACCAGUUAAAAUUUCAAACAACUAGGACAAUACCUUUAUGUUAUGUUUCUUCUAAUAAAAACAAGUUUGGUUUCUGUAAAAGAACCUGUUGUUUUACUAACUGAGACUAUGUAACUCUGAUUUAAAUCAA